CGCACUAACAGCUGUAACGGGGUUCAACUGAAAAGUAUAAACAAGCCAAUGGUACCAUCAUCGGGGUGCAAUUUGAUGAGGGUUGCAUUUCGGGAUAUAAAAUGUCUCAAUCGUGCAGCACAUCAAAUGAUCUUCAAAAUAGCGUAUUGGCUGAAGCGCAUAGGCAUUCUUAUAAGAACGAAACGUCAUAUGAAAUUUGAUUCAAGUUCGCACAUGAACUCAAUGCUCUCUCUCUUUCCUUCUCUGUAUUCUCCUUCUCGCCCUCUUCUGUCACUACGGACAAGCGUUGACUGACAGCUUUCCACAGUAGCUCCACACCAUAGAGGGGAGAGGGCAGCAGUUGCAGCGAAGUAUUCAGUACACUGCUGCCAAGCAAUACAGUAAAUGGAUUAAAGCACUCCGCAAGCUAAAUAGUAGUAGCAGACACACUACUGCAAAGAGAAAGGAAAGGUCAUAUUUAGUAUAUAUUUUAAAAUACUGGACUGGACUAGAGGACCUCUCUCCCUUGCAAACAUGUGUUAAAGGGAGGGAGGGGGACGCGACUGAAUUAUGUUUGAAUUAUUUAGCUAGCGAAAAUAUUUUUGCUGUCAUUGAAUAGAAGUUUAGGUUGUAGUUGAGAAAAACAAGAACUCGAGCGCGAUGGAGUGCCAACCACCCGACCCGCAAAGCUUCGAGGACGUUCGAAAGAACGGCUACCUCCGCAAGCAGAAAUCCAUGCACCGGCGAUACUUCGUCCUCCGGACGGCCUCGGAGAGGGGUCCGGCCCGGCUCGAAUACUACGAGAGCGAGAAGAAAUUCCGCGGAAAAACACCCGUCCCAAAGAAAGCCCUGGUGCUGGAGACGUGUUUCAACAUCAAUAAGCGGGCUGAUGCGAAGAACAAGCACAUGAUAGUGCUGUACACCCGAGCGGAGAGCUUUGCCAUCGCGGCAGAAAACGAGGCGGACCAGGACGAAUGGUAUCAGGCCAUGGUGGAGCUGCAAUGCAAAAGUAAGACGCCUACUACUGACACAGGUGCUGGAGGGGACUACGGCGUGCCCACCCCAGGCCCUGCCUUCAAGGAGGUGUGGCAGGUCAAGGUGUGGCCUAAAGGGCUGGGCCAGGCCAAGAACCUGGUGGGUGUCUACCGGCUGUGCCUGACCGACAAGACGGUCAACUUUGUCAAGCUCAACUCGGACGCGGCCGCCGUAGUCCUGCAGUUGAUGAAUGUGCGCCGCUGCGGUCACUCCGAAAACUUCUUCUUUGUGGAGGUUGGUCGCUCUGCGGUUACGGGCCCCGGGGAAUUCUGGAUGCAGGUGGAUGACUCAGUGGUGGCCCAGAACAUGCAUGAGACCCUACUGGAAGCCAUGAAAGCCCUGAGUGAGGAGUUCCGCCAACGCAGCAAGUCACAGUCCAAUUCUGGGCCAGGUGGGGGAGCCACUGCCUCCAACCCCAUCAGCGUCCCCUCGCGACGCCACCAUCCCAACCCGCCCCCCAGCCAGGUGGGCUUCACCCGUAGACCUCGCACCGAGCCGCCCGGAGGGUCUGGAACAGGCGGCAACAGCGCAAACGCAUCACCCACCCCCCGCCACAGUUUCCCCAGGUCAGGCACAGCCAGUGAUGGGGUUAAAGGAGAAGAAGGGAUGGGGGGAGCGUGCGGAGGUGUAGGUCAGAGUUCCAGUCCUACCACCAAUGGGUCCUGCUCCACCACGCCCAUCCUCAGGUCCAAGUUGGCCCGUUCUGCCUCCACCCCAACCAAGAACAACUCCCUGAGCCUGAUGCGCUCCAUCUCCACCCCAGCUCCCUCCCCAGCUCCUAGCUUGUCCUCCAGUACCAGCCACUGCUCUGAGUUUGGAGUAGUGGUGGGUGCAACCGGAGGAGGUGGAGGAGCAACAGGGACCGGUGCCUACAGCCGCCUCCACUCCCACAACGUCUCCGUAUCGGGCUCCCCCAGCGAUUAUGGCUCCUCGGAUGAGUACGGCUCCAGCCCUGGGGAGCACUCUGCCCCCUCCCCCAACAUGCCAGGAGGGUCAGCCAGGUCAGGCCGUUAUCAAUCCCUGGACGACGAGGCUGCUAACUACAUCCUAAUGGGCCAGCGUGGUGGUGGUGGAGCUCCAACAUCUGGCUCUCUGCCUGCCGGAGCAUCCAGCUCAGCCCCUUCUCACCAGCCCCAGACCAGGAGGGUCCUGCGGCGCUCCUCUAGCCGGGAAUGUGAAGCCGAGAGGCAGUUGCUGAGUAAGCGGGCGUCCCUGCCUCCCAUGGCCCUGGAGCGCCUGGCCCCGCGACCCCACAGGGGGGAGGAGGAGCAGGAUGAAGACGUGGCGGACUACGCCAUCAUGUCCCGCAGCACCAGCGGGGAUUCCUUCACCACCUGCGUCUCCUCACAAAGAGACUCUGAGAUGAGCCCCGGUGGAGGGGGGGGCGGAGGGGGAUACCUGGACGUGGCUGUUGAGUUGGUUGGUAGUGGAGGUAUAGUGAGGGAUAAUGGCUAUAUGUCCAUGCUACCGGGAGGAGUUACCCAACCUCCAGUCUCCCUCACCCACUCGCUUUCCGUCUCUGACUCGGAGUCCAAGCCAGCGGAUGACUACAUGGCCAUGACGCCUAACAACAGCGUGUCCCCCCCGCAGCAGAUCCGGCCCCCUCCUGGCUCUGGCGACGGCUACAUGAUGAUGUCACCCAACAGCAGCUGCUCUCCAGACCAGCGUGGCUGCCUGGGAGGUGUGGCCUGGGUGGACAGCAGCAGCGCCGACAGCCGGGCGGGCAGCGACUACAUGAACAUGUCUCCCAUCAGCAUCCGCUCGGCCAACAGCAGCCCCCCUCCCCCCGAGCAACCCCCUCAGACAGACCACCACCCCUCACUGCAGGCCCCCAAGAUGGUCUACUCCUACUACUCACUGCCCCGCUCCUACAAACACACACCACCUGGUGGACACUUUGAGGACGGUCCCGGCCGAGGCAGGAGGCCCAAUGGGAGCAGUGAUGUUAGAGGAGUUGGCAGGGCGGUGGUGGUUCGUCAGGACCCCAAUUUGGGUGCAGUCCAAGGUCGCCACCUGUCCCUCUCCUCGUCCUCAUACUCCUCCAGCUCUGCCAGCAGUGAGAGCCUAGGGGAGAACGAGGACAGGGCUCUCCAGGGAGCAGGGUCCUCAGGUGGGGGAGCUCACUCUAAAGACAUGGGGCUCCUCCAGCAGAGACGGGCAGCCCCCAAGCAGGGCCAGCAGGGGACCAGGACCCGGCCUGUCAGCCUGUUUGUGGACGUGUCCAAAGCAAACACCCUCCCCAGGGUCCGUGAGAACCCCCUCCCCCCGGAGCCCAAGAGCCCAGGGGAGUACGUCAGCAUUGAAUUCAAGGGAGAUCAAAGCGCCAGAGGAGGGCCAGGAGGUGGGGGAGGGAGGGGACUCAGACACGGGAUGUCCCUGCCUCACGGCUCCAGCCAGCACCCUUCACACCGGCCUGCCUCUUGCCUGGGGGGGUUCCUGCCCCUCCCCCGAAGCCCCUCCACCCCCCAGACCCCCAUCAUGCCCCUCACCCCUCCAUCCGCCUCAGAAUAUGUCAACAUGGACCUGCGGCCCUCACCGUCCCCCUCUCCCCUCUCCCUGACACCACUGAGCUUCCCCACCUUCCCCACCCCACCAACGCCCCCUCCAAUGAUCCUGGUCCCCAAGGCCCACGACGAGUACAGGGUGGCCCUUCAGCAGCAAGGCGGGCCAGAGGGUGCUGAAGCGGGGCCCAGGACAAACAGACAGACUACCCAUGUAGUGGUGACUCAAUCAGAGUCCCCUACCUCCUGCGGGGACUAUACAGAGAUGGCCUUCAGCCUGAAAAACAACACCGUCCCCAGCUCCACGUCCAACAACACCUUCCCCAAAGCCCCCUCCCCAGCCAGGCCUGAUCCCCCAGUCCCUGUCGUCACCCUGGGCCUGGACUUCCCCCUGCCUAAACCUGGGCCCAACCCGGACCACGGGGCUAAAGUGAUCCGGGCCGACCCCCAGGGCCGCAGGCGCCACUGCUCCGAAACCUUCCUCGCCUCCCCCUCUCUCCCUCCCCCCUCCUCCAACUCCUCCUCUGCUGCCUCUCUCUUCCCGGAGCAAGCCCAGGCUGUUGCUCGCCGGCUUGGGUUUGAGGGCAUGCUGUGGGGGAAUGGAGUGUCGGCCGAGCAUCUCCCCUCGCAGUUCCUCCACCCUGGGCCUGGCAUACCCGCUGCCCAGGCUUUGUCCAUGGAGCAAGGCCUUAACUACAUAGACUUGGACUUGGCCAACAAAGAGAGCCCUCAUUCAGCCUUAGAUGGGUCCUCAACCAUACAGGCUAUCCCCCCUCGCCUCUACUCGUCCGUACUGAAUGGGGGGGGUGGGGUGGGGGUGUCCGGGGCGGGCAUCGGGGGUAGUGGCGGCUCCAACCUCAACACCUAUGCCAGCAUUGACUUCUACAAGUCAGAAGAGCUGCGGACGCAUCCAAACGGAAACAAAGACGGUACAGAAUGCUGAUGUCUUUGCCCUUGCCUUGGAAUUAUGGGAAAUAAAUAAGAGAUCCUGAAGCUCCUACUCCUCAUCCUUGUGUGACAGCCAAUGGGAAGACGGGUUGCACUGGUCACACCUCUGAAGCACUUUGGAAGGACUGAUGGAAAACCUUUUAUUUUUUUGCUUUCAGUUUAUUGGUUGUGAUGACCAAUGGGGAUGCGUGCCAAUGAUAUUCUGAAAACCUAUUGGUUGCACUUAGCCUGAGAAGGGAGGACUCUAAGCCAAUCAGAGAAGAGUAUGAAGACUGACUGCUGACUGGGAGCCAAUGAUAUUUUUCGAUCAUCAGCUUAAAUGGAAACCCAAUUAACCAAUAAAAAAUAAGGAUUUAAUCUAAUGACGGCUGAAUAUACAAAGUAUAAAAACAAAAUAUAUAGAAAUAUAUAUAUAUCUGCUCAAGUGCCUCAUUUUUUGAUUGUAGACAUUCUACAUUCUACAAAGAACUUCAACUUAGUAUUGACUAAGGAAGUGAAGAAGUUUCAGUAUUUGUGCUUGUUUGAAGUAGCACUAUGUUGUGGCAGGUGUAAGAAUAAUAAGGAUGAUGAUGAUGAUAAAAAUACCAAUUAGCUGGCCUUACUGUCUUACUGUGAGAGAUGUUGGCAGCAUAGCUUCUAUUCGCUUUAAGCUCAUUGCUUUAAGCUCAUGUAACUGACAGAUUUCUCCCUAUCUCUCUCCCUCAAAAUCUCUAUCUCUCUCUGCCCAUACCUCUCAUCCAAGAUUUCAGUAUUCUAUAUCACAUACCAACCCGCCCACAUACUUUACAAAAAGACAGUCACCCUUCACCGGGAAUACUGUCUCUGGCGCUGGACAAUAUGUAUUUAACACACAAAGACAAACACUUGGCACUUGUUGCAGGUAAAGACAGGUGCUCUGUUCCAAAAUCUACAUUAACAUACCACUUGGAAUGAAGUGAUGUGUUGUGGAAUGCAUGCAUUCUGAGCAGUGGUGAAAAAAGUACUCAAUUGUCAUAUUUGAGUAAAAGUAAAGAUACCUUAAUAGAAAAUGACUGAAGUAAAAAUGAAAGUCACCAGGUAAAAUACUACUUGAGUAAAGGUCAAAGUAUUUGGUUUUAAAUAUACUUACCUAUCAAAAGUAAAUGGAUUUGCACAAAUGUACUUAAGUAUCAAUAGUAAAAGUAUAAACAAUUUAAAAUUCCUUAUAUUAUGCAAACCAGACGGCACAAUCAGUUUUUUAAAUGUAUUGGCGGAUAGUCAGAGGCACACACUCAGACAUCAUUUACAAACGAAGGAUUUGUGUUUAGUGAGUCCGCCAGAUCAGAGGCAGUAUGGAUGACCAGGGAUGUUCUCUUGAUAAGUGUCAAAAUGUAAUUACUUUUGAGUACUUUUGGGUGUCAGAGAAAAUGUAUGGAGUAACAAGUACAUUAUUUUCUUUAGGAAUGUAAUGAAGUAAAAGUCUGCAAAAAUAUAAAUAGUAAAGUACAGAUACCCCAGUAUACAGAAUUUUUACUUAAGUACUUUACACCACUGAGUGGUGUAAAUGGGCUCCUGUGGAUGUUGGAACAUAGCCAUUCAAAAUAGGGGUAAGAUGAGCUCAACCACUCAACAUACCCCAUUCUCCUCUACCUGGGUUGGUCAGAUUAUUAUAGCAUUGUGCUAGGUAGAUGGUAAAUCCCUCAGCAUUGUGCUAGGUAGAUGGUAAAUCCCUCAGCAUUGUGCUAGGUAGAUGGUAAAUCCCUCAGCAUUGUGCUAGGUAGAUGGUAAAUCCCUCAGCAUUGUGCUAGGUAGAUGGUAAAUCCCUCAGCAUUGUGCUAGGUAGAUGGUAAAUCCCUCAGCAUUGUGCUAGGUAGAUGGUAAAUCCCUCAGCAUUGUGCUAGGUAGAUGGUAAAUCCCUCAGCAUUGUGCUAGCUAGGUGGUAAAUGGAUAGUGUUGCUGAUCACAGCUCAGAUAUAGGUAUGACAUUAUUAUCCUACUCAAUCCAAUUAUCAGAUAAAAUGUUAGCAUCUAUUAUCUCAAGACAGUUGCAGGUCUUUUCAUCCCCAUCGUGUCAGGAGCCUGUUAAGCGAUAGGAUGGUAGAGUAUAGUGUCCAUAGAGAUAACGGAGGCGCUGACAUUAGCUGUGCUAACUAUAGCCCUUGCUAAAGUCAUCUUGUCUAACAUCUGGAUUUGAUAACAUGGGCCUUGCUAGCUGCGGGGAACAUGCUAACUAACUUCAGCUUAGUUAGCAAAGUAUUUUGUUAGGGGGCAUAGAUGGCCACAACCCUCUUUUCUGUUUCUCAUUCUCCCUUCUCUUUCUUUUUGUCUCUUACUUUAAACUCUUUCUGCUAUGCAUUAGCACUAAAGUGCCUGUCUGUAUGUUUGUCAGUCUGUUCCUUUCUUCCCCUUUAGCACUAUCAGGGCUAUCCUCUCAAAAUAUAUAUAGUCUAUUUUUAUGUAUAUUUUUUCUUUUAGCGUAUGUACAAUAUUGUGUAACCUCAAGGUACCCUUCCCUUAUUGAGGUUUCAAUUAUGAUGUUCAAGGAUGUAGUGACCCAUGAAAUGACUUGACCAAUUGCCCCUGACUUCAUCACGUGUUUGUAUUGGGUUGGUGCUGGAAAAUGUAGGCCCCGAGGAGGACCCCAUUGAGGACCUCGUCUAUGGAUGGCCGUAUUAGUGCCAAAACAAAAAUACGCUGUGACUCUUUCCGACAAUACAUUAAAAAGCUACAGUAGCUGCUUUGAAUAGCUACUAUGAGCUUUCAAGUUCUGACGUUUUAUAUUUUUCUUGGUUGUUAAAUGCUAUUAUAACCUUGCCUGCUCUCUAGUUUUCUUUACCGCCGUAAAAACAAAAAAACCUGUCUUGGAUGUUUUGAGACAUCUUGCCUCAUAGUUUGCCUCUGGGACACUUGUGAAAUUGUACUAAAUGAUCAAUACUGUAAGUUGCCAAUAUGAGCAAUCACAGAAAGAGAAAAAUAGGGGGGGCACCUUUAAACAGAACGAAAUGUGUCUGUCCAUUUCACUACCACCACAUUUGUAUAUGGGCUGGCUGUCUUAUGCACUUCCUUCUCAUUUGAGUCACGUGACUUUUGGUAGCAUAACAAAGCGGCUUCAUUGCUACCAGAUUGGGAUCUGUGGUCAGGACAAUUGGCCAUAAUGGUUUCUAAUGCAGAGGUGGGGUUAGGAAAGUAGUUUGACUCCAACCUCACUCUGCCGGGUUUGUUUCUGUUUACUGCAUGGCACAAAGAGGCAGCAACGCACACACACAAACACACAUUAAACACUAACAGUGUUUUGGAAAUGUUAUAUUUUUCUCAUAAUGACUCAACAAUCUUCCAAAUUAAAGCCAGAUCCUAGGUUCCAGUAAUAUGGGGAAAAACACACAAAAACAAACUUAGUGCAAGAGUUCAUUCUGAAAUCAAAGUUAAAUCCAAAAAAGUGGACAAUGCCCAUGAGCUCAUUCGCUGUUGAGGUCUAGAUGACAAACUUGAAUUUUGGAGUGAAGUGUCACUUUAAUUCUUAGAGAAGCAAGGUACUUGGAGGCAAGAGUGUCAUGUCUCCAUUUAACAUACCUACAGUGGCGAUCCGUCAUUCAGGGCAGGUGGGGCAGAGCCCAACCUGUUUUAGCCCCACCUGUUAAGCUAAAAAAAAUAUAUCUGUUUUGCAUGUUAUUUUGGCAUUAGUACAUGUCACAUCAGUUUGCAAACAAUGUAAAAGAAAAAUCAUUGACUUAAUAAAGCUGCAUAAAAACAUGGUCUCUUUUUUGCUUUCUUGAGUAAGGCAGCUCCAAAAUGCAGGUGUUUCUGCCUAGCUCAGUGCUUUCUGUGGUGGUGUGGCAGCGAGUGGAAAAUACGGAGAGUAUGAGUUGGUAAUGUUCUCUAGUUGCACCGUGAUUGGCUCAGUGUUCUGUUACUCAUGGGGACACUAUGUCACCGCAAAAUCUACAGCGAAAGCUCGAAAAUUCAAGCCCCUUGGGUGCUGGAUUGAUUUACAUUAGAAGUACCCAUCGAAGAAGAAGGCUCAAAGUGAUUGGCAACAGAUAAAAUUAUGUUAAAUCACCUUUAUAUCUACCGUAGUUUUGAUUGGACUUAUGUCAACAUCAUACUUUCAAAAUCUUAGCUAGCAAGCUGGACAUCAGUCAUCAUCAUGUAUUAAGUCGACAAUCUACUGGCAAAUCCUUUUCAAACCUUGUUAUAUGAAGAGAAAUUAUAGAUAAAACGUAUCUGCUCAUCGGCCAUUGGAAAUAACCAUUACACAAGUUGGAAAUCACAAAUUCAACAAUGAGUGAUUUGGAAGGAAUCAGUUGCAAACUGCAAACGUUACAAAGCAAUCACUAGCCUGCUAUUCAGUGGAGAGUGUGUGGUCCAAGUAUGUGUUUAAGGGUUUCUUUUCCAAGCUUAAAAGGAUAAACAUUCACAUGCAACACCAUUGCCAGUAAAGGUUGAAUACAUUGGCCAUGCUGUCAAUCCAGCAUGACUUCAGUGAGUUCAAGACAACUGGGAACUGUAAAAAACUAGCUCUGACUGAGAAAAUCAUCUAACUCGCAAUUCCAAGCCGUAAACUUGGCCUCUUCCUGGAGCUCCAACCUGAAGAUCACUGAUGUCUUGAUUCGACCUUGUUUUUUUUUCCUGUUCCCAGUUGUCUUGAAAGCAACAUAAAUCCAGAGAAUGCCAGAAUUUGAUGGCAAAAAUUGAUGACAAAAUUUGCCCACAAAGGACCACCGUGCCACUUUCCUGUUUAAGUGAGCACAGCACAACAAUGUGAGUCCAAAAAUGUAUUGUAUGCUGCAGCAUUAAUUAUGUAAUAUGCCAGGGAGAUACAGUUGAAGUUGGAAGUUUACAUACAGUUAGGUUGGAGUCAAUAAAACUAGUUUUUCAACCACUCCACAAAUGUCUUGUUAACAAACUAUAGUUUUGGCAAGUCGACAUCUACUUUGUGCAUGACAAGUCAUUUUUCUAACAAUUGUUUACAGACAGAUUAUUUCACUUACAAUUCACUGUAUCACAAUUCCAGUGGGUCAGAAGUUUACAUACACUAAGUUAACUGUCCCUUUAAACAGCUUGGAAAAUUCCAGAAAAUGAUGUCAUGGCUUUAGAAGCUUCUGAUAGGCUAAUUGACAUAAUUUGAGUCAAUUGGAGGUGUACCUGUGGAUGCAUUUCAAGGCCUACCUUCAAACUCAGUGACUCUUUGCUUGAUAUCAUGGGAAAAUCAAAACAAAUCAGCCAAGACAUCAAAAGAAACGUUGUAGACCUCCACAAGUCUGGUUCAUCCUUGGGAGCAAUUUCCAAAUGCCUGGAUGUGCCACAUACAUCUGUACAAACAAUAGUAUGCAAGUAUAAACAUCAUGGGACCACGCAGCUGUCAUACCGCUCAGGAAGGAGACGUGUUCUGUCUCCUAGAGAUGAACGUACUUUGGUGCGAAAAGUGCAAAUCAAUUCCAGAACAACAGCAAAGGACCUUGUGAAGAUGCUGGAGGAAACCGGUACAAAAGUAUCUAUAUCCAAAGUAAAACGAGUUCUGUAUCGACAUAACCUGGAAGGCCGAUCAGCAAGGAAGAAGCCACUGCUUCAAAACUGCCUUAAAAAAGACAGACGACAGUUUGCAACUGCACAUGGGGACAAAGAUCGUACUUUUUGGAGAAAUGUCUUCUGGUCUGAUGAAACAAAAAUGGAAAUGUUUGGCCACAAUGACCAUCAUUAUGUUUGGAGGAAAAAGGGGGAAGCUUGCAAGCUGAAGGCCACCAUCCCAACCGUGAAGCACGGGGUUGGCAGCAUCAUGUUGUGGGGGUGAUUUUCUGCAGGAGGGACCGGUGCACUUCACAAAAUAGAUGGCAUCAUGAGGAAAUAAAAUUAUGUGGAUAUAUUGAAGCAACUUCUCAAGACAUCAGUCAUCGGUCUCAAAUGGGUCUUCCAAAUGGACAAUGACCCCAAGCAUACUUCCAAAGUUGUUGCAACAUGGCUUAAGGACAACAAAGUCAAGGUAUUGGAGUGGCCAUCACAAAUCCCUGACUUCAAUCCUAUAGAAAAUGUGUGGUCAGAACUGAAACAGUGUGUGUGAGCAAGAAGGCCUACAAACCGGACUCAGUUACACCAGCGCUGUCAGGAGGAAUGGGCCAGAAUUCACCCAAAUAAUUAUGGGAAGGCUACCUGAAAUGUUUGACCCAAGUUAAACAAUUUAAAGGCAAUGCUACCAAAUACUAAUUGAGUAUAUGUAAACUUCUGACCCACUGGGAAUGUGAUGAAAGAAAUAAAAGCUGAAAUAAAUCAUUAUCUACUAUUAUUCUGACAUUUCACAUUUUUAAAAUAAAGUGGUGAUCCUACCUGACCUAAGACAGGGAAUUUUUACUAAGAUUAAAUGUCAUGAAUUGUGAAAAACUGAGUUUAAAUGUAUUUGGCUAAGGUGUAUGUAAACUUCCGACUUCAACUGUAUGUAUACUGUAGCUAAGAAAGUAAUACUAAGUGUAUGUUGUGUAGUAAACUGUUAGUAGCUCUUGUGCCUCACCCUAAUAAUUUGUCCCUUUGCCUUUUUUCAUAGCUUAACGUACUGUUCUGACUUGGGGGUGCACGUGUAGCCUAUAACCUGUUUUAAUUAAAUGUUAUCAUCGAAUAUUG